AUGACUGGGAUACCACAGAAGUCUCGCCUUUGCGCCUUCAGAACCCUGGAACUAUGCAUGGAGUUCUACGAAGCAUACGACGGAUGUUGUCAACUAUUGCAGGGAGACAGCCCAGAUGCCGACCUUAUGGCAUACAUGGCUAAGGAGGGGUUUAGCCCAGCAGUUGGAGUCACGGAUAAAAGCCGCUUUCACUCGAUGAUGUCGAAGCAACUAGACAUCAACAGCAAAACCCUCCUAAAGAAGGUCCUCAGUGGAUUCUUUCUCUACCACCUAGUGUCAUCAUUUGGCAUAGGAGUGUUACUGUUGCUCCUAGACAAUGCUCUACGACUGUACGUUUAUGCCCAUGCUUAA